UCUGUCAGUCUCGAGGCCGUGAGUCUCUUAAAGACGCAGGAGACCUGCUUUAUUUGGAGUGAGUGACCAGUGGCAAAGCGGGAGCUUUGCUUCGCUGUUUUUUGAGAUUACGUGCGGUUAGUCUGAAAGAGAAAGAUCAACAGUACAGUGGGCAUGCUUGUCUUAAAACGUGUGCGAGCCUCCUCUCCUGGCUUUGUGAAGACGAUACUCUCUGCUGCGGCCGAGUGGACCCGACCAACUAACAUAAGGCUGUUUAAACGGACCCACUUCUCCCGGCAACUACACACCUACUCGGUGCUGUUUCGGCAGUCAUCCCAGGAUGUGAACCAUACUGACGCUCAUCAUGUUUUACAUAAACUGGGUGGGUUAAAGCCAGGCAUGCUGCCAGGCCUCGAGGACCUCUUGUUCUACACCAUCACAGCAGGCAAAGAACAAAUUCCAAUUACUAGAUUCAUUAAUGCCCUGAAAAGCACAGGUCUUCUGACCACAGACCCACGACUCAGAGACUGUAUGGAUCUUCUGCAGCACUCGGUACAGGAGACGGCGGGUGGAACUAUGAUGGAUCGAUAUCUCUUUAAGAAGUGUGUGGGUAGCAACAUUGUUCUUCUAACACAGGCUUUCAGAAAAAAGUUUGUGAUUCCUGACUUUGAAACUUUUGUGUCACACAUAAAUCAUCUGUAUGAAAAUGCCAGGAGGCAGACUUCAGGCCAGGUUGCUGACUACAUUCCUCAGCUUGCCAAGUUUAGCCCAGACCUAUGGGGUGUUUCUCUGUGCACUGUGGAUGGUCAGAGGCACUCUGUGGGUGACACCAGGAUACCUUUCUGCCUCCAGUCCUGUGUCAAACCCCUGGAGUAUGCGAUUGCCAUCAAUGAAGUAGGAACUGAGCGUGUUCAUCGCUAUGUGGGAAAGGAACCUAGUGGGCUCAGAUUUAACAAACUUUUCCUGAAUGAUGAAGAUAGGCCACAUAAUCCAAUGGUGAAUGCAGGGGCCAUUGUCAUCAGCUCUCUAAUUAAGCCAUCUGCAAACAAAGCUGAGAAGUUUGACUAUGUGAUGGAUUUCCUCAACAAAAUGGCUGGAUCUGAGUAUGUAGGGUUCAGCAAUGCCACAUUUCAGUCAGAGAAGGAAACAGGGGAUCGAAAUUUUGCAAUUGGAUAUUACCUGAAAGAAAAAAAGUGUUUUCCAAGUGGAGCAGAUAUGAUCAGUGCCCUAGACUUCUAUUUCCAGGUGGGCCUUCCUGCAAAGUCAGGGGUUUCUGGAGCAGUGCUGCUGAUUGUACCCAAUGUUAUGGGCAUUAUGUGUUGGUCACCCCCUUUGGACAAGGCAGGGAACAGUGUACGAGGCAUUCACUUCUGCCAGGAGCUAGUGUCUUUGUUCAACUUUCACAAUUAUGACAAUCUGAGGCACUUUGCUAAGAAACUGGACCCACGAAGGGAGCCUGGUGAUAUUCGGAACAAGUCAGUUGUGAAUUUGCUAUUUGCAGCAUACAGUGGGGAUGUUUCAGCCUUGAGGAGGUUUGCCCUGUCUGCAAUGGAUAUGGAGCAGAAGGAUUAUGACUCUCGUACAGCAUUACAUGUUGCUGCUUCUGAAGGUCACAUGGAAGUUGUGAGAUUCUUAGUAGAUGGCUGCAAGGUGAAUCCCUUCACAAAAGAUAGGUGGGGUAAUAGCCCUCUAGAUGAUGCUGUUCAGUUUGGGCAUCAAGAGGUAGCAGAUUACAUGAAGGAUUACCAAACACGCUAUGCCAUGCUUGAUCCAGGAUCAGAGGUGGAGGACCUUAGUAAAUUGGAGACAUUGGAGAGCAUGGUUUGAAUGGGCUAAAUUGGGUCAUUCAAAGAUAUCCAGAAAUCGUGGGUCGAAUCACUGGAACCAAAACUAAGUGCAGAAUGUGGCAAUUCUGUGUAACAAUGAGGAACCCAACAAAGCAUACAUAACACUCAUUGAAAACAAAGUAGUAAACCUGCUGUUUGGAUUUUUUUUGUUCCAGUUUUUGUUGUUUUGCCAACCUUAUUUAUUCUCAACAUUCUAACCUGCUUUAUACUGUAUAUUUAUAUAACCAAUAUGCACUUAGACUUUCAUUGAUUUUAGGAGUUGUGAUAAAUUAAAUUCAUCUAUAGUCUAUUAAGACUUCUUACAAAUUGUCAUAGAGAGCCCAUGCCAGACAUUUAGAAGGUUAGAAUGUGCUGAGUGACAAAGUUUAUUUGUUGUCAACAAUGUCGUAAAAAUGUUGAAGAUUCAGCAGACCUGAUAUUUGUUGGGAGCAUGACAGUGUGUAUCUGUAUUGCUUUGGCUUAGAGUAGAAAUUUUGCUACAGUGCAAAGUCCUUCUUUUGUAUCUUACUCAGGGAGAAAAGCAAAAGCACAGAAAAAUCAAGCAGUUGACUUUUGCAAUCCAAAAAUAUCAAGCAUAGGGAAAGCAUGUGUGCAUAAUACUGGAAAUCAGCUGGACAGUGCGUUCUUUUCAGGCCUUUAUUAUUUAAGUCUUCGGCUCUCUUUUCCCCUGAUAGUUCUCUGUGGUUUAAUGACUUUUCAUUUUUAAUAACUGCUUUCUUAUGACAUGAACAAUUUGACCAAAACUGAUGUCUAGUGAAUUGUUAGCCAUGUUGUUUUUGUUUCAUAUUAUUUAAUAUUCCUGUUUUCAUGCAAAGUCUCUGUGUCACAUUAUUAGAAUUAAGGUCUUCAUGGGCAGAAAGGUUAAUAAAAACAAAAAUUACAUAAUUACAUAUUUGUGCUAGCCACUCAUCAACAUUAAACUUUCUAUUUUGUAACUUUCUUUAUGCCAAGAUCAUUCUAAAAUGCCAAGUGCAUCUUCGUCUUUCAUGUAGUGAAGCGCUUCACUACGACAACAUAGUACUGCAAAUCAACAAUCUACUGUAUUGUUGUAAAGUGCCUGGAUAGCAGAUGAAUGUUGUCACCUUAUGGCUUUAACGGCUUGAGAGAAGCAUGGAUGGAUUUCUACAGAGAUAUACAUACAGUCACUGCAUCCUACCCACAGUAUUUGACAGAGAUAUCAUUACAAAAAGCACAUACUAUAGCUGCAAAUGUAGCUGUAAAUAAAGUAUGAUUGAACUUUGUCUUCUGGAUUUACCAUCAUUUUCUGAGUUGGUUCCAAGGGUUUUUUGCGCAAGGAUGCAUUGAUGUUCAAAGUGCACUGAAGUUGUCCUGAUAUCCUCAGAUAAUCUUACUUGUGGGACACAGCAGAUUCAAAUAACAGCCACGGCCAUGGCAGAUUGUAAUAUAACAGUAGAACCUUCAGAAGAUGAGGUGCACAAACUGCUCAAAUAAGUUAAAAAUAUACAAAUAUUUAUUACUUAAUAAUUCCGUAUUUGCUAUUUGAAUGAACUCUUGCUACAGUUUUUCCAACUGAAUAUUUUGCUGCUAAAUUACUUCUCUGCUGUCUGUUAUACUUGACUUUUUGUUGCCUUAAUUAAUAUCCAAAGCACAUGUGAAAAAUGCAGUGAGAAAAGAAUUUCAAAAACAAGGCUGUUUUUCAUUUAUUAAAUACACCAUCACAUACAAAA